CCCGCCCCCUGCGCCGCCCCCUCCGAGGCUGAAUCGGCUGCGUUCCUCUCGGAACGCGCCGCAGAAGGGGUACUGGUGACGAGUUCCGCGUUCGCACCCUGAGUCCACUCGCCAGCCCGCCACCCUCUGCCGCCGCACCCUGCACACCCGCCCCUCUCCUGUGCCAGGAACUUGCUACCACCAGCACCAUGCCCUACCAAUAUCCAGCGCUGACCCCGGAGCAGAAGAAGGAGCUGUCUGACAUCGCUCACCGCAUCGUGGCACCCGGCAAGGGCAUCCUGGCUGCAGAUGAGUCCACUGGGAGCAUUGCCAAGAGGCUGCAGUCCAUUGGCACCGAGAACACCGAGGAGAACCGGCGCUUCUACCGCCAGCUGCUGCUGACAGCUGACGACCGAGUGAACCCCUGCAUUGGGGGUGUCAUCCUCUUCCACGAGACACUCUACCAGAAGGCGGAUGAUGGUCGUCCCUUCCCCCAAGUUAUAAAAUCCAAGGGCGGUGUUGUGGGCAUCAAGGUAGACAAGGGCGUGGUUCCCCUGGCAGGGACAAAUGGCGAGACUACCACCCAAGGGUUGGAUGGGCUGUCUGAGCGCUGUGCCCAGUACAAGAAGGAUGGAGCUGACUUCGCCAAGUGGCGUUGUGUGCUGAAGAUUGGGGAACACACCCCCUCAGCCCUCGCCAUCAUGGAAAAUGCCAAUGUCCUGGCCCGUUAUGCCAGCAUCUGCCAGCAGAAUGGCAUUGUGCCCAUCGUGGAGCCUGAGAUCCUCCCUGAUGGGGACCAUGACUUGAAGCGCUGCCAGUAUGUGACCGAGAAGGUGCUGGCUGCUGUCUACAAGGCUCUGAGCGACCACCACAUCUACCUGGAAGGCACCUUGCUGAAGCCCAAUAUGGUCACCCCAGGGCACGCUUGCACCCAGAAGUUUUCUCAUGAGGAGAUUGCCAUGGCGACCGUCACAGCGCUGCGCCGCACAGUCCCCCCGGCUGUCACUGGGAUCACCUUCCUGUCUGGAGGCCAGAGUGAGGAGGAGGCAUCCAUCAACCUCAAUGCCAUUAACAAGUGCCCCCUGCUGAAGCCCUGGGCCCUGACCUUCUCUUAUGGCCGAGCCCUGCAGGCCUCUGCCCUGAAGGCCUGGGGUGGGAAGAAGGAGAACCUGAAGGCUGCACAGGAGGAGUACGUCAAGCGAGCCCUGGCCAACAGCCUUGCCUGUCAAGGAAAGUACACCCCGAGCGGUCAUGCCGGGGCUGCUGCCAGCGAGUCCCUCUUCAUCUCUAACCACGCCUAUUAAGCAGAGGUGUUCCCAGGCUGCCCCCAACACUCCAGGCCCCGCCCCCUCCCACUCUUGAAGAGGGGGCCUCCUCCUCGGGGCUCCAGACUGGCUUGCCCGCGCUCUUGCCUCCCUCGUGACAGUGGUGUAUGGUGUCGUCUGUGAAUGCUAAGUCCAUCACCCUUUCCAGCACACUGCCAAAUAAACAGCUAUUUAAGGGGGAAAAAAAAAAAAAAAAAAAAAAAA